CCCCCUCCGCCCUCCUAAAGCCUUAGUUUAAUGCGUCUGCAAGAGCGCGCGAUCCAGCCUGCAAAAGAUCGGCAAAAUGAUGUGUGUGUUUCUCUUUGGAACAUUCCCUCCCCCUGGGGGAAGAGAGAUGGUUGCAACGGAGCCCGUUCAGGCCCCGCCGUUCUCCUUUGAAGAGGUGGCGGUAUACUUCACCGAAGAAGAGUGGGCUUUUCUGGAUGCGGAGCAGAGAGACCUCUACUGGGAUGUCAUGCAGGAGAACUACGAGAACGUAGCAUCCUUGGCCGUUCCGAUUCCUAAACCCGAGUUGAUCUCUCGGCUGGAGCGUGGGGAAGAGCCAUGGAUCCCAACUGCCCAAGUGUCAGAGGACAAGAAGAUCCCCGUGAACAUUUGCGAAGGGAACGACGUUCCUCUGGCGUCUCCCUCUAUCCCCGCGAGCGAGGUGAUUGCGAGGGAGAUCAAGGAGGAGGUCGCCGAACCUGACCUCUCGGAUCGGGCAGAACCCCAGUGGACGUUGCUGGGGGCCUCCCCAGGGAACGGCCCCGCGGACUCCGAGGCCCGCUGCGGCCUGCAGAGGGAAUGGGAGACGCAGCCGGGGACCGUAUGGCGGGAGCCCUCCCGGCACGUGCGGGCCGCCAACUCGAAGCGGAGCAUGUUCCACGUGGGGCGUAAGAAGCUCAUGUGCCCUGAGUGCGACCGGUGGUUCCACUGCAAGUCCGAGUUCUUGCUGCACUGGAGGACCCACACGGGGGAGAAGCCCUACGAGUGCCUGGCCUGCGGCAAGCGCUUCAUCCAGAGCUCCCACCUGAGCGCCCACCGGCGCAUCCACACGGGGGAGAAGCCCUACGAGUGCCCCAAGUGCGGCCGGAGCUUCAACCGGCGCUCCACCCUCACCGAGCACCUGCGCAUCCACACGGGGGAGAAGCCGUACAAGUGCCUGCAGUGCGGAGAGAGCUUCCGCUGGCGGCCGUACCUGACCAAGCACCAGAGAGUCCAUGUCGGGGGCAACGCUGCCUACAAAAGCCUUGACAAUGGGGAAGCCAUGUUCGAGGGCUCCCUCCUUGCUGAUCAACAGGGAAUCCAUACGGCAGGUGGCGCCGCGGGGAGUGGCAACGCAGCAGCCGAUCCCCAGCACGCAGCCUCCGAGACAGCGGAGCAGCACAGUGGGCCGACCCCUCCUCCUGAAGCAUCUGACACCACGCGGGGCUUGGUGUGCCGGCCGCCAGAGAGGCCGAUAAAGACUGAAGCGGAGCCCCUCCCCGAAGGGAACGACGUCACCGACGUCAGCCAGAUCAAGAUCGUCCAGGUGGAGAAGAAGCACGCCUGCCUAGAGUGCGGCAAGGCCUUCCAGUACAAGUUCGAGCUGGUGAAGCACCACCGGACCCACACGGGGGAGAAGCCCUUCGAGUGCCCGGCGUGCGGGAAGCGCUUCUUCCAAAGCACCCACCUCAACGCCCACCUGCGCAUCCACACGGGGGAGAAGCCCUACGAGUGCCCCAAGUGCGGCCGGAGCUUCAACCGGCGCUCCACCCUCACCGAGCACCUGCGCAUCCACACGGGGGAGAAGCCGUACAAGUGCCUGCAGUGCGGAGAGAGCUUCCGCUGGCGGCCGUACCUGACCAAGCACCAGAGAGUCCACGUGGGGGAGAACGCCUACAAGUAUUUCGACAAUGGGGAAAGCCUCUACGACAGCGCCUCCUUUCCCGGGCAUCAGGAGGGAAUCCAUUCAGAGUAUUUGGUUUCCACACCCGACAUCACCUCCCAUACGGAACCGCAGCAACAGCCUUGGGCACCAGGCCCCCGAUACUGCGAGGAAAGGAGCAGCUGCAAAGGAGACAGAACAGUUCAGCUGUCUCAGGGACUGUCUGAAGGGCGAAGCCCGGACUCCUCUACAGGCCUUACGCCCCCUCCCGAUGGGACAGGAGCCAGCGACUCUGGUGACAGCAUGACCACUGAGCACCCAGAGGAAAAUCCGCAGCAGAGAGGCCUUGAGGUGGAGGAACUCAACAACGUGUUACCCGGCAACUCCGAUGAGGCUGUUUCCCCCAAAACGGGGGAGGUCUGUCAUAAUGGACACGAAACAUAGUAACACCCAACGGAGGGGUGGGAUGAAACAGAGGACUUAAAAUAAAGUCCUUCUGGCCACCCCCACCAGCUUCUCGGUUCUUCGUUGAACGACGAAACCCUUGGAACGCGAAAGGAGUCCGCAUUUGGAAGACCGUGGCGCCCGACGUAGACUCUUGUUCCGGAAGCAAAACGGAGACCUUCUGAGUCCAAGGACACCUUGCAACAAUCUCUUUUGAAAAGACUUGAAAACCCAGGCAGUGUUCUUACUUUCCCCUCCAGUAUUA